AGACAGACGUUCAAAAUUACCAAAAUGUGCCUGAAAUGCCAAGUUCUUCGAGUAAAAUGUCUGCACAUUUCUGGAACGAUGCUGAAAUAAUCCUGUACAUAAUCAUUGCCGUCUUGGUCGUGGACAAUCUUUGGGCUGUCUACUUGCAGAUACGCGAGAUAAUCGCUGUGCAUGAGGUGGAUCAGGUGCCGCCAGUCAUAAGUCCCUAUCUGCCGCAGGAUUUGUUCAACAAAAUGCGCACCUACAAGAUACACAAGUGCUGGUUCACCGUGAUCAAUACGCUGCUCAUUGUGGUCUUUAGUGGCAUUCUGGAGCUGUUCUUUGGCUUUUAUCCUUGGCUCUGGGACGUGGCCACCAAAUGCUCCCUGGCCAAGUGGAUGGAGCAUGAGGCAUGCGUCUCCAUAUUCUUUGUGCUGCUGCUGUCCCUCUACAUUACCCUCAAGGCCUGCCCGGGCAUGCUCUACGAGAAGUUGUUCAUUAAGGCCCUGCAGGAGCGAAAGCAUCCGCCGUGGCUGCGUCGCAUUUGCCGUGAGAUCAUCGACACCAUUCUGGCCGUGAUCUUCAUGAGUCUGACGGUGGUCUCGCUGGUGUUCAUGGUGCUCUGGCUGAAGGAGUACACCGCUGUGGGUCUGUACGUGCAAUCACUAUUGCUCACGUUGCUGCUCAUCCUGCUGGUGCCCUUCCUCAUCGAUCCGUUUGUGGGCAAGCGAGUGCCGCUGGAAAACGCAAACUUGCGCUCCGACCUCGAGCAUCUCACGGACAUUGUGGACUUUCCCAUGCGGCAGGUGCACAUUAUCCGUGUCAACGAUCCGAAUACGCCCAGCAAUGCCUUCUUCUACGGCAGCUGCUGCCUGAAGCGGAUCGUGAUCUUUGACACUCUGCUGCUGAACAGGGGACACAAGGAUUUGUCCACGCUGUCACCCGAGGAGGUGGGCAAGGGUCUGCGUGACUCGCAGGUGGUGGCCGUUGUGGCCCACGAGCUGGGCCACUGGGUGCACGGGCAUUUCUACAAGGCGAUCUUCAUGUUUCAGUUCCACAUGAUCCUCAUGAUGUGCCUCUUUCACGUGCUCUUCACCCAUGGCCCCAUCUAUGAGGCCGUGGGCUUUGAGGCGGGUCUACAGCCCAUUGUGGUGGGCUUUCUCAUCGUUUUCGGCUUCGUGUUGACGCCCUACUUGACGAUGUCCAACUUUUGCAUGCUCUCGGCAACGCGGCACUUCGAGUACCAAGCGGACAGCUUCGCCUGGGAGAUGGGCUUCUCGAAGGAUCUGCGCCAGGCGCUGCUCAAGCUGUACGCGGACAAUCUGGCCUUUCCCAUCUCGGAUCCAUGCUACUCCAGCUGGAAUCACACGCAUCCCACGAUGCUCGAUCGACUCAAUCGACUGGAGAAGCUGCAGCAAAGACUGGACUCGAAUGGAACUUAGACGUUUCCCCACCCAGUAGGUUCUGAUUUAAUAAUAAUAACAAUACAAUAAACCAA